AUGAUCAAAACUCGCCACCGAAACAUUGUGAAGUUGUAUGGAUUCUGCUCACAAAGAUUGCACACAUUUCUAAUUUAUGAGCACAUCAAAAGAGGGAGCUUAUUUGAUAUGCUUAGAAACGAUAAAGAAGCAUUAGAGUUGGGUUGGUCACAGAGGGCUCAUAUUAUCAAGGGGUUAGCAGAGGCCUUAUCAUAUAUACAUCAUGAUUGUAAUCCAGCCAUUGUUCACAGAGACAUAUCAAGCAAGAAUGUUUUAUUAUCUUCAAACUUCGAAGUCCAUCGCUCAGACUUUGGCACAGCAAGGUUCUUGAAAAUCUAUUCAUCAAUUUGGACCACUUUUGCUGGCACAUACGGUUAUGCUGCUCCAGAGCUUGCGUACACAAUGGCAGUGACUGAGAAAGUUGAUGUGUAUAGCUUUGGUGUUUUGGCCAUUGAGUUGCUAAUGGGAGAGCAUCCUGGUGAUUUUAUAUCAUGUAUUCAGAUGUGUGGGAAGGCCAUAUCAUCUUGGAAGAUAUUUUGGACCCUCGUUUAUCAUCAAUGA